AUGAGUGAUGUUGACACGGCCUCUUCGCUACCGGAUACCUUGAACUCCCAUCGUAGAGCCCAUCAUCACCUUGCUCCCAAAACAACUCUGGAUCUGCCUCAAAGGAGGACCGCCAACGGAGAUGGACGACCUGCGGCCGAGGAUGCGGGUGUAAACGAUGACGCCUUGAGCGUCAAGGCUGAUUCCGAAGCAGAGACAAUCAUUCAGUCUGGCAGGGAGGAGAUGUCACCGGAGAAGAAGAGGACCUACGUUCGACAUAUUCCCGGCCAAAGCGACAAGAAUGAAGCGGAUAAUGCUGCCCGAAAGACUUCCAAGUUCAGUCAGCCUGGUAAUUGGCAACUCGGCAAGAGGAAACGACCGGAUCACGACCAUGAUGACACAAGAUCGUCCCUACGAAGCAACCCAAGUUCCCGGGCAUCAAGUCCCGUUCCGGCCUUAAAACAGGAGAAGAUGGAGGAUCCCCAGGUGCUGUCUAUCAUCCAGGCCCCUUCAUCUCCCCGUGCUGAUGAUGCUACGGAGCAAAAGCCAAGCGAUAAGCUCAAGAGCAAUAGGAAACCGGAAGGCGCUAGUGUUGCCACCAGGAACACCCCCAGCGAAGGACGCAGGUUUAACCACCGAUCAGGCUCCCCUGGCAAUGAACCCGAUGGAAAGGCCGACUUGCACCCUUCACGUCAUCAUGACAGGUCACCCUCUCCUCCGAUUCGCUCGCACAAGAGGGUAACGUCUGAUUCUGUACACUCUCCUCCGCCCUCCAACAUUCAAAAGAGGAGAAAGGUACCUCCUCCUCAACCACUAAUUGACCAAAGGCACCAUCCUUCGGAAGGCAGGGCGUCUCCCUUCUCUGCCUCAAGCGCCGGUUCACCUCCUCCAAACCCACGCACUCGACGGCUCGCUUCCUGCGACUCCUACCCUUUCUCACCCAUGAAGCAGAUGCAAAAUAAAAAGUUACGCGACCAGAAUGGCCGAACACGUCUAGCUAGAGCCUGUGCUGCGCAGGAAAUAGAGGCUGCCAAGUGUCGACAGGCCGAACGCCCUGAAGACCUUAAUGUUCCCGACAAUGCUGGGAACACGCCACUCCAGAUCGCCGCUCUUGAAGGAUGUGCCGAAAUAGUAAAGUUUUUGAUUGAGGCUGGCUGUGAUAUUCAUACCAAGAAUAUUGACCGCGAUACCCCUCUCAUCGAUGCUGUGGAGAACGGACAUUUGGAUGUCGUCAAGAUACUUCUAGAGGCUGGUGCAAACCCUCGUGUCGGUAACGCCAAGGGCGACGAGCCAUACGACCUUGUUCCAUCUGAUAACGAAAACAGGCAUGAACUACGGCGUGUUCUCGCCGAUGCAAAAUAUAACGGAAAUAGACGCCGGAAGUCAGAUGAUAUAAGUGGCCACGGGACUGCGUCGACCAAGGAUCCUCGCUCGAGGGGAGUUUCUGCUGCAAGCUCCCCCGAUUCCCCCCCUCCUCACCAUGCCCAAAGCCCUCCUCCGCAGUUUGGUCGGCGGAAAACCGUUAGGAGCGAGGCCACUCGAAACGACUUACUGUGGACGAAACCUACGUUUGAAAACCUUCGAGGCUUUGCAGCAAAGGGGGACAUGGCUGGAGUAGCAACCAUCCUAAAUAUCCUCCAAAAAGCUGAUACGGAGUCCUUGAUUGCAGCAGCAAAAGGUGGACACGACGAAGUUCUUGGACUAUUGCUUGGAAUGGGGAACCCAGACCCAGACCCAGAACCUCUUGCUAAUGCAAACCACCGACCCGGCCAUGAUACGCCUAUGUUGGCGGCUAUUGGAAGAGGCAACAUCGAUGUGGUUAAACUUCUACUGAACCAACCAGGGUUUAAUCCUACGCGUACGGACCCAGAUGGUCGUCGAUUUUUUGAGAUUGCGCAGGACCGCAAAGGUGAAAACUGGCGAUUGGAGUACGACAUAUUGAGGGAAGCAUACGACGAGUAUAUCGCCUCGCAUCCAAAACAGCGAAGAGUCGAAUCAAGAUCCCCCCGAAGAUCUCGAGAUGCACUCAAGGUAGCCAAAAGACCCGAUCGUGACUCCGCAUCCCCAUCUUCAAUCAUGCGUAAAAGUUCAGGGAAAAAUUCAACCACUCGUCAAAGCGAGGACGGAUCAAAGGAGUUGAAAACGCAAAAGGAUAGGAGGAGGGCUGAUGGUACAUUAUUUACGAAGGAAAGGCCGAACCCAAAUAAAGGAUCAGGCCGCGAAGAUUCCCACGGGCUAAUCGAUGAGCGGGAUAAUGGUCACUCCGAAAGGAAGCCAAAGAUUUCAUCUGAGUCCCGCACCCCGCGGGAAUCUACCCCACUCAAGCAAAGCGAAGAGCCGGUCAAGCGUCGGCGUCUUAUUGCUGGGCGUCCACCGCCAGAUCAUGCCAAGCGAAGACUGAGUUUGAUGUCUUCAGACUCGUUUUCUGGCCGUGAGGAUACUUCCAAAGCCGGAGCCACCGAAGAUUCAGCUGAGAAUGGUCAGAGAUCUGAGAAACGCAACCCCGUUCUAAAACGAGCGCGGAACAGCGUCUCGCCAAAGCCAGUCAAGACCCGAAAUAACGAUAAUGACGAGCUUCGUGAGAAACAUUUGAAAAAGCGGCGAAUACAUUCAAAUGAGCUUUCAAGUCAGUCUCAGUCCACCAGUGAAGCAACAAAUCCCAAAGUUGAAGGUGACACACAAUCGUCAAAAGCGCACCAUGGGCAUCGUGAAAAUCCCAACCCCAAGACUGAAAGUUCCAAGCCAGCUGAAAACUCCACGAACCAUAAUGACAAAUAUCACUCUAACUCUCGAGACUCUGUGGCGACUAAAAUUAAGCGUCGAUUAUCUGAUUCAGGCACCAAAACUGAGGGCGCGUCUGAGAGCAAUUCCGGUGUUAAAGUGAAGUCUGAAAGACAUCCCGAGAAGGAACAUGUUUCUGCAGAAACAGAGCUUGAACGGGUGGAAAAGGCGCACGCAAAAGCGCUGAAAGAGGCAACAGAGGCUAAAAUAGCCGUCGAAAAGGCAGCCAUUAUCUCACGUGAGAAGGCCGAGGAGGAUGAAAGAAAGCUUGAAGAAGAGCGGAAACAGCAGGAAGAAGAGCGAAGGCAGGAAGAGGAACACAAGCGUAAGGAGAUGGAACAACGACGAGCUCGCCAAGCGGAAGAGGAACAUCAGAGGAGACUUGAACAAGAACGUCUCCGCCAGGCACGCAUACGAAGGGAGCAAGAGGAGCAAGAACAGAGGCGACGAGAUGCCCUUCCUCACCGUCUACGCACCGCCGCCAAUCUCAUUGGUACCAAUGACCCCAGGGCUAGAAGCCAUGAUUUCCUCAAGAAGGUUAUGCCUAUCUUGCAGGCUACACGAAGUGACCUCGAGCCGCUGUGCGACCCUGAGCUGAAAAACGAAAAGUGGAUUCUUAACUUCUACGUUGCUCUGUUACUUGCUACGAACGACCUUCAACUCUCACAGUAUCCAAGCUGGGAAAAGAGGAUCGCAACUCCUACCCAGAGGAACAAUAUUUGGGAUUGUAGCGGGCCCAUGCUAUCCAAUCCGCAGCAACUUAACCCAGUUAAGGCUGACGUCAAUGACUAUUCUCGCAUAUAUCAGGAAACCAAACCGUUAUACGAGAAAAUGGAACAUGUCUUUUGGGUAAAGUGCUCUGAUUUUAUGGAUCUUGUUCCCCAUAUUCCCCAUCUCCACGGCCUCAAUAUCAGUUUUGUGGGCAUGCAUAUUGACCCCGAACCUUCAGCUUCGCUACAGGAUGAGCCACACUCGAUUAAUGGCGAACCGAAUUAUACUACCCAUAAUCCUCUGAUAAAUGGCUCAUUUGAGCCUAACGGCGUCCAACACAGCUCUUAA